GGUUCACGAAAGUCGAAAAUUUGACCGAAAAUUUGAAUUUAAAGUAUCAAGAUUCACACAAAAUUGGUAGCUGAAGUGAGUCUGAGAAGGAGCAUCAAUGGACGAGCCGAAACUCGUGAGCAGGAAGAGACCUCUUCCGCAUUCUCCCUAUCACAAGAUGCGUCAAAUUCUCCAAGACCUUCGCCCCCAUUUCAUCCACGUGCUUAAGACUCCUGACUUUCGAAAUUGCCAAGCAGCUGAUGAAAUCCGUCAAGGGAUGAAGCUUCUGAUGGAACUAUACCAAGAGACGACAGAAAAGGCCGUUAAGCUGGAAAAAUGCAGCAACAGUGACAAUGCCGAUGCCAAGAAAGCAGUGAAACAUGCUGACAAUCCUCUGCUGGACGAUGUUAUGUCUGCCCCGCCUCCAGAAACUCAGGAACAAAGAACAGUCAUCAUUGGGGGUUCUGCUUUCGGGUGGAACUUCAUAACAUGCCAUAGCAGAAGAGCUGUCUACUACGGGCGAACAAAAGAAGCUUUUCGGGCACUAAAUCCCAAGUCUAGCUGAAUGUGGAAGUAACAUGUUUAGGAUUAUGUACCAGUUUAUGUCAGAAGCUGUAUUUUGCAGGUUUCUAUCUUGAAUGUAGAGAAAAUUGUUGGAAAUUUGUAUUGAUGUAUUCUAUGUUCAUUCUUUGCAUAUCUGGUGGGCU